GUGUUAGUUUCAGUUUAAUCAAAAUUUAGGAAAUUUUUAAUUUAAACUUUAAAAAAUGGCUGCCAGUUUGACUCGAGUUAUGCAAAUGAACAAGAUGAAAAGCCUCUCGAUGCUUGCAAGAAGCUUUUCCGUCAGCAGUCAAAGCAACUACAAAGUGUCAGUGUUAGGAGCGUCUGGUGGUAUUGGUCAACCGAUGUCUCUUCUAUUGAAGCAAACACCUGGUGUGAAGGAACUUGCUUUGUAUGAUAUCGCUCAUACUCCGGGUGUUGCUGCUGAUCUUAGUCAUAUUGAUACUGCUGCUAAAGUCACAGGUCACACCGGCCCUGAAGAAAUAGGAGAAUGUUUGAAAGGAUGUGACGUGGUUGUUAUUCCAGCUGGUGUACCAAGAAAACCAGGAAUGACAAGAGAUGAUCUUUUCACCACAAAUGCUAGCAUUGUGGCUGAGCUCUCAAAAGCAUGUGCUAAAUAUUGCCCUAAAGCAUUCAUUUGCAUUAUCUCAAACCCAGUGAACUCCACGGUUCCCAUCUGUUGCGAGAUCUUCAAGAAAUCUGGUGUCAGUGACGUCAGCAAAGUGUUUGGUGUUUCAACAUUAGACAUUGUGCGUUCCAACACUUUUGUUGCUGAAGCCAAGGGAUUAGACGUUUCCACUGUUAACGUCCCAGUAGUUGGUGGCCAUGCUGGUAUCACAAUCAUACCGUUGAUCUCACAAUGUCAACCACCUGUCAGUUUCGAACAAGCUGAAUUGGAAGCCCUUACUGCUCGUAUUCAAGAUGCUGGGACCGAGGUUGUUAAGGCAAAGGCUGGAGCUGGUUCUGCUACUUUGUCAAUGGCUUAUGCUGGUGCACGAUUUGCAGCAUCUGCUUUGGAUGCUUUGAGUGGAAAGGAAGGAGUGGUUGAAUGCGCGUUUGUUCCAACAGACAAAUCUGAGUGUGGAUAUUUCUCAACUCCACUUGUUCUUGGGCCAAAUGGUAUCGAGUCCAACCUUGGUCUGAACAAACUGUCGCCAUAUGAGCAGACAUUGGUGGAAGCUUGCAUGCCAGAACUUAAAGGUUCUAUUAAAAAGGGAGAAGACUUUGCACGCAACUACAAUUAAUUAUCAUUUGCUUAGUCGCAGUAAACAUUGUUUUAGUUCAAUCUUUCUGUUGUAAGUUCAGAGUAUUUCAUAAUUUGUUAAAGUUGCUUUACUGCUCGUCAAUAAUUAAACAAACAUGUUCCAGG